AUGUUUAAAAGGUACAAUUGCUUGGUGGACUGUGUAGUGGUCUUUGCUUUGUGGCAGACUAAGAAAGUCUUUCUGAAUCUCUUGACCGGUCAAGGCUGGGUGGGAGCUUGCCUUUGCGAGUUCCUUUAUUCUAUGUUCUUUUGCUUUGUGGUGCUUAAUACCACAGCUGCAAGGGCAUACAGCUCCGAGGGGAACCAAUUCUAUGGCCUCGCGAUUGGUGCCAUGGCUUUGGCUGCCUCAUAUGCAGCAGGGCCAGUUUCUGGUGGCCUCAUCAACCCAGCCAUCACCAUUGGUGCUGACCUUGCAGGCGCUGGUGCGGGCUUUGGGAAGUCCUUGAUUUACGCAGUCUUUCAGCUGCUCGGCGCUGCAUUUUCGGCAUUGCUUUUCAAAAUGGUGAGACCAUUGGACUUUGAUGAAAACGAGACUCCCCGAAGUAGGCUUAUCAGCGAGAUGAUUGGCACCUUCGCCCUGGUCUUGACCGUCGGACUCGCGGUCCUGGCGAAGACUCCCAUGGCUGUUGUUGCAAUCGCUGGGUGUCUUGUUGCCAUGGUCUAUGCUCUUGGAGAUGUGUCAGGAGCACAUUUCAACCCGGCAGUAACUGUUGCAGUCUUGGUGUCCGGGCAUGAUCCGGACAUGAUUCCAAAGCGUGCUGGGUACUAUAUUGGAUCACAGCUGCUCAGUGCCAUCAUCGCUGGUUGGUGUUUUUGUUUGCUCCACAACGGCAACUCCUUCGUUGUGGCACCGGGAGAAGGAUUCAGCCUGGCUGCAGCUGCAGUGGCCGAGAUGUUCUUCACCGGGCUUCUGGCCUUCGUCGUCUUGGGUGUCGCCGUGGCGCCGAAGACCAAGAGCUCUCAGAUCUUCGGCCUGGCCAUAGGCUUCUGUGUCGUGGUGGCUGGCUUCUCUGUGGGCAAUGUCUCCGGCGCCUUCCUAAAUCCUGCCGUCUCGGUCGGAGUGGCCGCCAGUGGAGCUGGCUGGAGCAGCGUGAAGACUGCUGUCCGCUACACUACCUUCCAGCUUUUGGGUGGAAGUGUUGCCGGUGGUUUGAACUAUCUCCUUCACAGCGAGGUGUCUGAGCCGACCUCAGUUACUCUCCACGCCUCAGCCACUGACCUCAUAGAAGAGCUCACCAAGCUUGUUGCGGAGUUCGUAGGUACAUUUCUCUUGACCUUCACGGUGGGUUGCAAUGUACUUGCCGGCAACGCGACUUGGGGUGGAGUUUCAAUCGCCUGCCUUUUGAUGGUCGCCGUGUACUCAUUGGGUCCCAUCUCUGGUGCCUGCCUCAACCCUGCUGUCUCCUUGGCUCUUGGCAUCUCCAAAGCCAUGGGAGGCUCAGGCCUUGACUGGAUUCAAGUUGGCCUUUACACAUCCGUCCAGCUCGGAGCUGGCAUUGCGGCCGCAGUUUCCUACGCUUUGCUGUACGGCCAGAGCUUUAACCUGGCGCCAGCAGAGGGCUUUGGGUGGCUGAAUGCGGGCCUGUGUGAGAUGUUGUACACGUUCAUGCUUUGCUUUGUGGUUCUCAAUGUGGCUGUCGCCAAAAAGAACCUCACCGAGUCCAACCAAUUCUUCGGCCUGGCCAUUGGACUGGUGAUCAUUGCCGGUGCAUACGGUGCAGGGGCUGUGUCUGGUGGAUGCUUCAACCCUGCAGUGGCCGUUGGAAUUGAUGUCUCCAGUGUAUUCCUGGGAUUCGGAUGGAGCGUUCUUUAUAUCGUCUUUGAGAUCUUUGGAGCUGCUCUAGCCGUCCUUGCCUUCAAGAUGGUGCGGCCUGAAGACUUCCAUGAAGACAAGUCUCCCAAGACUGAGCUGGUGUCUGAAUUCCUGGGCACCUUCAUGCUGGUUCUAACGAUCGGUUUGAAUGUCUUGGGCAAAUCCAAAGCUGGAGCGUUUUCCAUAGCUGCUGCCCUGACUGCCAUGAUCUAUGCACUGGGUGAUGUUAGUGGUGCCCACUUCAACCCCGCUGUCACUGUGGCCAUCCUGCAAUCUGGCCGCUGCCCUGAGCUCUCGCCAGCCAAAGCAGGUUUGUACAUUGCAGCACAGAUUACCGGUGGUCUCGUAGCUGCAGGAACUUAUGCCUUCAUUUACGUUGGACAGUCUUUCCCUCUUGGACCAGUUGGAAACAGCACUUGGGGCCAAGUUGUGGUGGCUGAGUUGAUCUUCACUUUCCUUCUCAGCUUUGUUGUCCUAUCCGUUGCCGUCUCCAAGCAGACCAAGUCUUCUAACAUGUUUGGAUUCCUCAUUGGCUCCUGCGUGACGGUAGGAGGCUUUGCUGUUGGAGGCAUCUCUGGUGGCUCACUAAACCCUGCUGUGUCGAUUGGCCUUGCCGGAGUCAGCAUCUUGAAUGGUGGUGUUUUUCUUCCAGCUUUGGCCUACUCAGCAGUGGAGAUUGUUGGAGGAUUGAUCGCGGCAGGAGUUUUCAAAGUCACACACGAGAUAGACACAACGGCAGAAGAGAAGGAGAAACUUGUGGCAUAG